AUGUGUCAACACCCUCUCCACGAGUUCAUCGCAGGUCUCCCAAAGUGCGAGCACCACGUCCACUUGGAGGGCUGCCUAACACCCGAGCUGAUCUUCCAACUCGCGGCACGAAAUGGAGUGACCCUGCCUACCGACGACCCUGCAUUCACCUCCAUUGAGACUCUAGCAGAGCGCUACGAGCGUUUCACCUCGCUAGAUGAUUUCCUCCACUACUACUUCCACGGUAUGGCCGUGCUCCAAAAGGAGAGCGAUUUCGCCGAUCUGGCCUGGGCCUACUUCCUGAAGGCCCAUUCGGACGGUGUGCACCAUGCCGAAGUCUUCUUCGACCCGCAAGUCCACCAGGACCGCGGAAUUCCCUACGAGACUAUCGUGGCCGGAUUCUCAGAGGGCUGCAAGCGCGCCGAGCGCGAGUUGGGCCUGAGCACUAAGCUCAUUCUCUGCUUCUUGCGCCAUCUGCCCGUUGAAUCAGCUAAUGAGCUUUACAAGAAGUUCCUUGCCUCUGGCGACUAUGAGAAGGGUACUAUCCAUGGUCUUGGAUGGUCUUCUUCGGAGGUUGGGCCUCCUAAGGAUAUGUUCCGGGAGAUUUACGCUUCGGCUAGAGAAAAGGAUAUUCGGCUUACUGCCCAUGCUGGUGAGGAAGGUGACUCGACUUACAUCAGCACGGCAUUGGAGCUUGGUGCGACCCGUAUUGACCACGGUAUCAACUUGGUUCAGGACCCCGAGUUGAUGCAGCGGUGUGCGCGCGAGAAUAUUCUUAUGACUGUUUGUCCGGUGUCGAAUGUUAAGCUGCAGUGCGUGAAGUCUGUGGCUGAGGUGCCGAUUCGCAAGUUCUUGGAGGCUGGUGUUAAGUUCUCCAUCAACAGUGAUGACCCGGCUUACUUUGGGGCUUAUAUAUUGGACAAUUACUGUGCUGUGCAAGAGGCGCAUAAUCUUUCUAUUAUGGAGUGGAGGAUCGUCGCGGAGAAUUCCGUGCAGGAGAGCUGGAUUUCGAAUGAGAGGAAGGCGGAGUUGUUGGAGCGCAUUGAGGUGCAUGUCAAGAAGUACCUGUAG